AUGGUAAAUAUUUGUCGAGCUUAUUAUGUUGAAAACACGAUUGAGAACGGAAAUAUUGAUGAAUUUGAAAUAAAAUAUACUCAAGAUCAAGCAGUUGCAUGGUACACGAAGAGUACAUUCAUCUACAAAAUGUUAAAGAAAACCUUACGUCUUUUCGAUUUGAAUAAGCUCUAUGCGUUUGCUUUUUAUAUUUGUGACUUACAAAAACAACUAGAAAAUUGGCAUUAUACUCCGUCGAAAACUUUUUUCGUCUAUCGUGGUUUAACUAUGUCAUUAAUUAAUAUCGCUCAACUUCAAGCUAACGUACGAAAUCUUGUUGCAUCAAAUGGAUUCUUAUCAACAAGUCGAACAAGAGAAAUUGCAAUGAAUUAUGCCAGAAAACAAGGCAUCCUUGAACAAAGUGACAAUUUCUGUAAUGUUCUUUUAGAAAUAGAGAUUGGCACCGAUGUUUCUUCAUCUUGUAUCUUUGCUGAUGCGGCACAUAUUAGUGAUUUUCCAGAAGAGCAAGAAAUUCUGUUUUCUAUAGGAACAAUAUUUCGUCUAAAUGAAGUUAGUUUACCAUCUCAAACGGGUAUCUAUAUUGUCAAAAUGAAAACAGCCAAUAGCGAAGAAUAUGCUCUUAUAGACAAGCUUCUUACUAUUGCGAGAGAAAAAUUCGAAGAACAUAGAACUCAACAACUUAUUCUUAAACUACUUCAAUAUGGUCAAUCAUUUUCGCGUCAUUGUUUUAAUUUUGAUUGA